AUGAGCGCUGGCUCUCUGAACACGGUCCUUGACACGUUUGAGACAUAUGGUUCUAGCUGGUACCUAUAUGGUGACUCAUCCAUACUCUCUGCGCCAUUUCGGAAACAGACGAAGACACCCUGGAUCGCGCGUGUCUUUGGUUAUCGAUACACACAAGAGCUGGGCUCUUUGGCAACUUCCUUCACAGGUCCAGGAAAUCAGGCCGUUGUUUACCGCAGUGCCUCUCAGAAUCCAGAUCUCUACGGACCUGACUUUCACUUUGAAGAGUACCUCCCAGCAAAUGAUGUAAUGGCCGCUGUUUUCGUGCAUCUCAUCACCAAAGUCCUUCUUGUCCUCAUAUCCAUUCCAUUGAUCCGUAGACUCAUGCGGAUACUCGCAAUGCGCAUGGACUCGGCUCCGGAUAUGAACCAGCUGCGACAUGUGGAGCGGGCCGAGUUUCGUGCCGUUGGAAGGGGAAGUGGACAAGAGGAGGCGCCUCGAAUUUCGGCGUCGUUUGUUCGAGAGGGGGCGCUAUACGAGCUCACUGCGCUUGUCACUUGUGUCGGGGCAAGAGUACUGCUUGAUUGGAAGACUAGUGCCGAUAGGGCGGGAAAGGACGCUCGUGGGCAUGGUGGAGUGGUCACACCGUCAUUUUUGGGGGUGGAAUACGUCGAUCGGUUGAAAGAUGCUGGUAUCAAGAUUGAAGUUGGAUUGUUGUAG